AGAAAAAAAAGUACACGCAAAGCAUGUUUAUCUAAUCGAACCAUUCCCGCUAACGGCCUGUCCCGUCGAAUGAUUACAUCGCGAAAUACUUCAGGGCAACGAGCUUCCCCCCUUCCCUCUCGGUUGGUAUCGCUUCGUCUUCCGCAAUUAGGCAACCGCAUUUUAUUUUUAGAUCGCAACGUUACGUCUGCUAUUGCCUGGCCGACCGUGUGUGGUGCGUGCAGCGUGCAGCAUAGUUGCAUCGUUCUAUCACCUCGCUGGUAACUGUGCAAAGUUGUAGGCAAUGUCGGACGAUUUCGUUAGGAAAGUCCUGCAAAUUCCUGCACUAGGACGAAUUUUCAAUCUGGGAACUCUUUACGAUUCUCUGACCGACACCAUCAUUCAAGGCGAGGGGAUUUGGACGGAAAACGAUUUAAAAACGGUCACAACUACUCGCAACGAGGGCAUCAGUUUCUCACUGAUCGCACAGAAUAAUUGGAGCCAAAUAUUUCAAGAUCUCAAAGUAGACGGUUCCCUUCAGAUCAGUCUACUAGCGGGCCUGAUGGAACUCAAAGGAUUGGCCGAGUAUCUGACGAAGACGACAAAAACAAAUUUUCGUGAAUCCAGCGUUCACGUCAGAUGUCACUGCCACACCCUUCUCAAGGAAUUUUCUAAGGGCCAAUUAGAAGACGGCCAGAUUAGUUAUCUCCAACUCGCACGGGCCGGUGGCAACGGUACGGCAACUCACGUCAUCUCCCAGAUCCAGUACGGUGCCGAAGCCAUUUUUACUCUGACAACAAGCCUAGCAGAAUCAGACGACGUAAGCGAAGCGAAUAGCCGAUUACAAGUCUACGCCGGAAACUUGGUAAAAAUUCUGUCCGGAAGCGCGGAUGCUGACGGAAGCGUUGCGGAAAAUAAUUGCGAUAAUGAACUAAACAUCCGUUGUCAUUUUAAAAGCGAUUUUCAACUUCCCGACAACUUCAAAUGUCCAACUACGUACGCAGAGGCCAUAACAUUUGCUAGAAAUUUCACUCAAGUUUUAUAUAAUUCGAUUUCUAAAGACAAUUCAACUGGAAACGAGCCCCUCGGUGUGCCACAGUUCGUUUUCCUCUACCCUUUGGCGUUGCUAAAAGAUGGACAAAGUGCACCAGUUUUAAAAAAUGGAAUGAGCGAUGCUCUGGUUUACGAAUGCGUCCGGCAGAUGGAAGACUACGACAAAGUGGAAGGAAAAAUCUUGUACAUGUUCAACGACCCUCUGGCAACAAAAUUGAACCCAUUUAACAAGAAGAUACAAGAUUUCCAGCAACAUUAUUCUGCCUUCCGUGUGGACCUCCAAUCAAAAUUAAGAGAAAUGGUCAUCAACAUUCGCAGCGGAUUAGACAACGUAAAUUCGUUCAAACAACUUUUGACUCAUAUCAGCAGUGAAACAUUUACAUUCAACUCAAAUCGACUAAGUCAAUGGCUAGAAGAGAAACACGACGAACUCUGCGUGAUGCGGAGGAUUCAAAAUCAAUUAAUCACCCAUCAAAUCGGUUUGACAGAUAGAGUCGCCCUAUUUCCUAGUGCGGAAGCGCUUCAAGAACAAAUGGCCAAUCAGUCAGUCAACUUUGGCUUCGAACUGGCCUUCUCCUCGCUAGCUCGCCCGGAGCCUUUUCUAGAUCUCAUGUCAAAUCAAACGGAUGUGACAGCAACAAACGAUGAGCAUCUCUGGUACAAAAAUGACGAGAUCCUCAAGCGGAUCGAGAAAGAAAUCGGAGUUAUCGCCAAACUAAUUCAAUCAAAAUACAAUGACGUCAAAUUCGCCUUUGCCAUCACAGCACCUGAUCAGUACAACGAAACAGUCGCAUCAGAGUCGUCCAUCAUUGUCCACCAGCAGCAGAGAAAGACUUACGGAUGGGAGGCCAUUCAGAUUUUGUGUCAGCACUACCCGAAAGAUAAAAUCAUCGACAUCGUCCGGCUCAUCAGCGAUGCCGAGAUCACCGAUUACUGGAAUCAAUUGAAUUUCCUGGCCCUGUGUCGCUACUACGACAAGGAAAAUCUGAUCGACAUGGUCCGACUCUUCCUGGAACGCGGAGUCGACCUCAUCAACUGCAAAACGGAAGACGGAUGGAACGCCCUGCUACUCCUCUGCAGGUAUUACAAACACGAAAAUUUGUUCGACCUGGCCCGGCUGCUCCUGGCCAGAGGGAUCGACGUCAACUGCAAGAGCAACGGAGAACUCAACGCCCUUCACCUCGUCUGCCGCUACUACGACAGAGAAAAUUUGUCGGAAAUAGUUCGGCUGUUUAUCGAGCGCGGAAUCGACAUCAACUGCCAAUUCAACGAAGAGUGGAACGCUUUCCUCUUCUUCUGCCGGAAUUACCAGAAGGACAAUCUGCUGGGCAUCGUUCGACUCUUCCUCACCAAGAACAUCGACGUCAACUGCAAGACGAAAGGGGGAAACAACGCCCUCCUAUUCCUGUGUCGCUACUACGACAAGAAAAAUUUAAUCGAAAUCAUUCGACUGUUGCUCGAGAAGGGGAUAGACGUCAAUUGCAAAAACAACGAAGGCUGGAACGCUCUGUACUUGGUGUGCCGAUAUUACGAGCGGGAAAAUUUAGUUCAAAUCGUCAAACUAUUCCUCAAACGGAAGAUCGACGUCAAUUGCAUCAACAGCGAAGGCUGGAACGCCCUCCAGUUGGUGUGUCGCUACUACAAGAAGGAAAAUCUAAUCAACAUCGUCAAACUGCUCCUGGAUAAAAACAUUGAAACCAACUGCAAGACCAACAGCGGAUGCAAUGUUCUCCACACCAUUUGCCGCUACUACCACAACCGCAAUCUAAUCGAAAUCGUCCAACUGCUCCUCGACACUGGAAUCUUCGUCAGCUUCACCAACAACGAAGGAUGGAACGCCCUACUGAACGUCUGUCGAUAUUAUCCGAACGACAAUUUAAUCGAGCUGGUUGAACUCUUCCUGGAACGAGGGAUCGAUGUCAAUUGGGUCAAUAACGAAGGCUGGAACGCCCUUCAUUUGGUUUGCCGAUUUUACAAACAAGACAAUUUGAUUGACGUCGUGGAACUGCUGCUCGAUUACGACAUUGAUAUCAACAGCAAGACGAAAGAAGGUUGCAACGCCCUCCAUUUCGUUUGUCGACGAUAUUAUCAGAAAGAAAAUUUGGUGGAAGUCGCCGAAUUGCUCCUCGACAGCGGAAUCUCAGUCAACUGCAAGAACAAUGAUGGCUGGAACGCUUUGCACAACGUUUGCCGAUACCAACAGAAAAAGAACAUGAUGGACCUUGUGCCACUUUUGAUUCGACACAAAAUCGACAAGAAUGCGACGGCGACCGGCGGCGGGGGUAUAACUGGAACUGCGCGUUCCAUCCUCUUGAAUCGCUACAAGGAAGAGAACGUCCAGGAAAUUCUCCAAAUUUUAGAUUCGAAGGCAUUUUGAUAACAUUUAAAACUGGACUCGUGUUAACUCUAAUUGUUAUUAUUUAGAGUUUAUCUUAAUACAAGAUAUGGAGAUGACAUC